AUGGUUGUAGGAGUAAUGUACAAAAAUCUCACCGAGCUGUUUAUAUCAGACAAGAAGACCAGAGGAACCAACAAAACGAGGUUUGUAUUUCAGCAGUAACAAAAUCAAAUACGUUUGUUAAAUCAACGUAUAAAGACUACAGUAAAAAAAAAUAAUGAUAAAUAAAAAACUAAAAUGGACAACAUCCUUAAAAUGUAUGGCGAAGAUAACAAUCGCAUCCAAACCUGCCUCGUGGUUUUAAAUUAUUGUCUCUUUUCAAAAACCAAGGCCCAGAAGUAGAGGUGAGCAAACAUUGACAACUUUUGCACGAGUUCUUGAUACAUUUUACAAUUUUUUUUGUUUCGAAUAAAUGCAUUUACAUAUUUGUUUGAUUCAAAGCUAUUUAAAAUUUCAUUUAGUAUUUUUUUGUUGUUUUUGUUAUCAGGGAGCUGAACUCCAUAAUUAUGUCCGUUGAAAUAUACCCUGAGCCUGCAGAUGUAUUACUGGAGAACAUCACCUUGGUUUUUAAACACAUGAAGGUAUCUACAUCACCUCUACAAUGAAAGGAGUUCACAUCCCCCUUUUAAACCUUGUUCAAUCUAUAGCUUUCUCUAUGACAGUUUGCCUGACACGCGAAACAUCGCUCUAUAAUCUCUAUACGGUGGCCAAUUUACAUCAUCAACUCAGCUGAUAACGCUCAACCAUCUCAUGAUAUUAAGCUUGUGUAUAAAAAUCUUAAAUUUCAAACUUUAUAUUUCCCAUCAAGGGAUUAUAGAGUUUAUGAUAUCUUGUUGCUAUAAACUUCCUCUUGAUUCGUACUUUUUAAAUUUAUUUUAGGCCGGUGGAAGAAGCAGAGAGUGUGUAUUCUGGGACAUGUUUGGAGAUGGGUAAGGCUCGCUAUUUUCAGCCGAAAUUUACUUCUUGCACAAUUACACGAGAUGUCUUUCUACACCUACAUGUAUUGUGUUGGCCAUUUAGAGAGCUUUAUUAUAUUCUAUACCCUGGAACUACAAUAAACCACAUGGAUUUUUUUUUCGUAUAAAGCCCCGAGGGUUGGUCAGCGCAAGGAUGUUUCACCAGAAUCAUCAGUGAAUCCCAAACGGAAUGCAAGUGCAAUCAUUUAACUCACUUUGCUGUUCUAAUGGAUACUACUGCAAGUAAAGAUGAAAAUAGUACAACGGAUACAAAGGUAUGAGUUUCAUUUAGUGUUCUUUCCAUGGUGUAUAAUUGUAUUAGUUGUCAGUAUGUAUCAUGUCAACUUUAUACUUUAAUCAAACAAGGUACUUGCAAAGAAAAUGCAUUUGUAGUGUUAGUACUUCAAAAACCUUUGUUGUACAAUUCGUUUGCUUGACAUAGAAAUUGGCCAUUAUAAAGUGUUUCCAAAACAUUCAGUUAGGAGUGCUGUGGCUUGAAAGAAAGAACACCCCUAAAAGUGUGUUGGGUCAAUUGCACUCAGAUACACUCAAGGAAGUGUAUUUUUAGUUACUAUCUGCCACUUAUAAGGAGGUUCAUGUGACACCCUGAUUCCUAUGAGCUUGGAAUGUUCAUUAAAAAAUCAGUCUUUUUCGAAGUGCCCCUGAAGUUCAGGAGCAUGGUUUUACGCUAAAGAAGUCCAUUUAAAAUGAAGGUCGUGUAUUUCAAUUGACUUCAAAGGAAGAUGACAGGAUAUUAACAGUUCUUACACGUGUUGGAAUGGCUCUAUCGCUGGCUGGAGUUUCUGUAACAAUCAUCAGCUAUAUACGGCUAACGUAGGUCUACUUUAGUUAUAUGGUAUAACUUGCGAACUAAAAAUUGCUCAAGGUAUUGGUCAAUUUAGCAUGAAGGAUGUGGUCUUUUUUAUUGUGUCGUCUGAUAGUCCAGGUGAGAGUAAAGAACCUGUUGGUUGACAAAGACUGACGUGUAAUCAACCUGAAUAAACCUGGGAGGUAGGGUAACCUGACGGUGGUUUCAAACAUUCUGUCGGUCAAAUUAACUAAACUGAGACAAAAUAGCCCACAAAUUUAAAAAGGAGGUCAGCUGUGAAAUUUGCACAAGGUAGACAGAGAGUUAAGUGCGAAGGACAUCACCAGCACAUUAGAUAUGAAUUUGUUGAGGUAAGUUUUCUCUUCCUUCAUUUCCUUAGUUGAAUCUUCUUCCUUUUGGUUUUCACAUUUCCUAACACGUCUAUUUGUUUUGGGCUUCUGUAGAGACAGGCAAGCACCCAUGUCCCAUAUUCGAGUGGGACUAACAUCUUGCAUUGGAGCUGGACACAUUUUCUUCUUUGCUGGGAUUGAUGCCACAGAAAACAAGGUGAGAGUUGGAGCAGAAUGUUUUACAUCUUUAUUACACCCAUUUUGAAAUCACUGGUGGUCCCUGUAAUCUGACUGGCUGAUUUAUGCACGAAUCGCACCAUUUAUUGUUUUAAAUCACAUCUUUUUCCCAGCCAAUGAGAAGGCUACGCUAAAAACAAAACAUCCAAACAGAUUUCAAGGCUUGUUUAAAGUCACCAAUCAAAUUGCAGUAAAAUUUGAGUCAAAGAGUAUCACGCGGUAAAUUUUCCUUCUUUUGUUUCCUAAACUGUUACUUUUUCCCUCCAAAAAAUGGAUGAAUUUAAUUUCAAACCAGCUCAGUACUGCAUCAAUAAAAUAUUUUAAUUUACCAAGUCCUGUAUUUGAGCGAUUUCAAAAUGAAUAUAAUAAAGUGGUAAUUGAACCUCGUGUCGUGCAAUUUUGGUCUGAAAUCCUACUUGUAAUUUCAAAUCCAACUCGCGCUGCGCGCUCGUUCAAUUCUGAAAUCACGCCUAUGAUUUCAGCCCAAGUUGCACUCCGCUCAGUUCAAUUAACAUUAUUUAUCCUUCGGUGUUUUUUUUUUUUUUUUUUUUUUUUUUAAGAUAAAUUUGACUGGGCUGUUUCUUUUUUCUGAUAAAUUCUCGCUUAUCAGUACAUCAGCCUAUUGAUGAUGAUUCCUUACAGGCUGCCUGUGUCACAGUUGCUGCUCUCAUGCAGUACUUCCUGAUGGCAGCUUUCUGCUGGAUGCUUGUCGAGGGAGCUUGCAUUUACUUAUUUGUUGUAAAGGUGUACAACAUUAACUAUAAAAUAUGUCGCUUUCAUGGCCUUUGUUGGGGUAAGUAAAGCUACUUCUUAAGAUGUGACAAUAUUGAAUCCUAUUGAAAACCAGGCCACUAUCAUAAAUCUAAUAAAGCAAAGCAGUUUUCAACCGAAACAUAUAUAUAUAUAUAGAUAUAUAUAUACAAUGGUGUUUUUCCUUAGUUUUAUGCUUUUAUGCAAUGUUUCAAUACAAAAGUCCGAUUGACCAUCAAUACUAACCAUAAAAUAGUCAAUUAUUAAAUGAAUAAUUAUUAUUUAUGAUGAAGCGAAAAUAAUGUCAUUAAACUAUUUUAAAAAGUAGAUAUCGUGGCCCUAGAAAUUAUCUAGUAUUUGUUAUUGUCAACCGUACCAGCUUUAUUAAUUGCGCACUUUUGUUUUAGGACUUCCUGCGGUUAUAGUUACUGCAUCUUUAGGUAUCGUUGCAAGAGAAGAUGGAAUCGAGAAUUAUGUUAGUGAUCAGUAGUAAGUUUGAAAUUUUACCUACUACAUCCUCUCUAUGGACCCGGAAGUAUCGCUGCGGAUAUGUGCCAUAUGUGCCAGCCACCUGAACGGGGAAGAACCAGGGGAAGGGUUGUGAGCUCCCCUCUGGUAAUCUUCUUCACGUCGAAUGUGUGGAUCGAAACUAAGUCCUCUAUCUUUUUCUUUUUUUUCUUCCUUUGGCCUUUCUCUCUUUUCAAUUUCUAUUCCUUGUUUUAUUGAUACAUUUAUCCAUUCAUCCAUUAUUUUCUUUUUGUUCUAAACCCCAAGCUGCUGGAUAUCUUCAAGAAACAAAAUCAUCUGGAUUUUUGUUUCCUUUGUUGGACUAAUCGAACUUGUAUGUGUUGAAACUUCUUUUUAAAAAAUAUUUAGCACUUUAAUCUAAAAUAUAUUUCGAUAUGUCUUGUCAGAUUUCCAAUAAGUCUAUCAGAGUCUUCCUGCGUCAACAUUCCACAAAAAAUGCCAAAACAUAAACGAAAGUGGUCAAUCUCAUCCCGUUCACAGAUCCUCCUUUGGUUUUAAGUAAGGCAUCAUGACCCAGUCAAGGAUUUCUUUUUUCUUUUUAUAAAGGAGAAACAGACAGGAGGAAUCUAUUGAUCCAUCCACUAAACCACAAAGUGUUUUGAGAACGAAUUUAUAUUCCCAAAGCUGUAUAAUAGCAAACGGCUUAGGGACUUCAGCUAUUUGACCUAUUUUUCAAAAUGUACUCCAGUUACUUCCCAUACUCUUGUGCCAAAACAUUUCUUAUUGAAAAUCCUAAUUAGUGGAGUCGACAUCACUCUUAGCUGCCGCCCCUUUUUCCCGCUUCUGUCCUCUUUUUUUCUCAUAUUUUAUUCCUGAUGGACAAUAUACACAAAUUAAAUAACAUGUUUUCCUAUUAUUGCUUGUAAAGAUUAAUAUAGCGAUCCUCGUGCGAGUUAUCAAGGAAAUUAUCACAAUCCAACAUGUGAAAGACAACCAGAGUGAGCAGAUCAGGUAGGAUGAACAUUUCCCUCUUCCUUUGAAUCACACGAUCCUUUCAACAAAGCUGUUCCCAACAGAAUGCCAGAUACUUGACACAAAUGAACUUCAUAAUGGUAUAGCACAUUAUUAAGUACUGUAGCUCCGUUGUUGGACGUCCGAUUGCGAAAUCCAACGGUCUGGGGUUUGUUUCCCUGAGGAAUUGAGUUUUCAGGUUGAAUACAAAUCUCUUUUUCUCCUUCAGGGUUGGUGUUCGAGCAUGCGUGGUGUUGACUCCGUUGCUUGGAGUUACGUGGCUGAUUGGUUUCUUGUCGCCGUUGCACAUUGCGUUUUCUUACGUGUUUGUCAUCCUAAACUCUACACAGGUAAAGUACAAAGCUAAGGGCUGAUACGCCUGAGGUGCUACUUCUAGAGGAAUGUUAAGGCGUAUUUCCAAGAAGAUGAUUAUCAAACUUUCAAAAUGAGUAAGGUGUAACUCAGAUUAACUUUCUGAUUCAGAAACUUUUAAAGUUAAUGUUAAGCACAGAGAGAACAUAAAGCGAGAAAAUUAGUUAAAUUAGGUUGUGAUGGCCUAUCUCUAAAACUAUAGACCUGCUAAAACCUCUGAAGUACCAAGAUACCAUUAAUUCUUACGCUUAGAGUGCCCUUAAUUAGAUCAGGCUUAGCCGAUAGAAAAGAAUGACUGAAAAUAAAAAGAAGUGUGGGACCGUUAAUUUUACGAGAAGACUCUUUAUUCAUGGUGAAAAAAAAAGAAAAAUAACCCUUUAACUCCCAUGAGUGAUCAAGACAGAAUUUUUCCUUACAAUAUUAAUACAGUAUCAAGCAGACAGGUCAUGAGAAUGAAGAAAAACAUUAAUUAGGGUAUUACUAGUUGAUCCAAUACCAAAUUCUCCAAAUUAAAAUCACAAGCACUAUAUAGCAGAGAGUAAGGAGAAUUACCAAUGAGAUCUUGGGAGUUAAAGGGUUAAUGUUCCUUUGACGUUUUUCUAACCUACAGGUUUUUUUUUUUUUUCAAUUAACUAUUUAUUUAUUUAUCUGCUUAUCUAUUUACUGGACCCCUUUUUUCUGCAGGGCUUCUCGAUUUUCUUCUUUCACUGCUUGAGAAAUAAUGAGGUAUGGAUAAAUUUGAGUCGUCAUGAUCUGCACGUCUUCAACAGGAAAAAAAUGUUUGCUAGCGAAAGGAAAGUAUCUAAUUAGUGCCUCACAUUCCUCACUUAGAUAAGAGAACGUUUCAAAAGAAGACUUCGACAAGCACAAAAUUAA